UCCAUGGAGGGCACGACAUGUAUAUGUGUCUCAGAGUUGGGAAAAUGUAAAGUACUUAGAUCAGGUAACGUGACUGCAGCCAACAGCGGGCACUCUGUGACUCACGGGAACGCGCAGUUCUAACAUAUACUACUUUUAAUGGAGGAUCUGAGGCUUCACCCUGCAGCUUAGAUGUAGCUAACGCUUCAUGUAUAUGGUGAGUUUUUCUUUCAGGUGAGCAGGACAACAUGAAACAGAACAUGAAAAGAGGGUGGUUUAUUGGACAUGAGAGGAUUCCCCUUUCACAGGAUGAGACUCCCAGCUCUUCCAGCAGUGUCUCAAUGCCCUGCAUUACUAUCAAAGUGACUGAAAUGCUUCAAGCUGACAAACCUGAUGCUGCAAAGAAGACAAUUCCAAUCCGCCCCCCGACUCCCAGAGUAUCUCUGACAAAAGCACCAGAGCUUCAUCGCAGUCUAUCCUGUGAACCCACGCCUAAACCCAUCAUCAGACAGCGAUCCCACUCUCUGCCUUCCACCGCAGAGAAGAAGAAGCAAUUCAGAAAUGUUGGCGUACGGUUUGUUGACUCUUUGGGGCUCGACCUGGAGGACAUAAAGCUUUUCAAAUCUGCCGAUCAUCCAUCUGUACCGCAUCAUGUUGCCUUUAGAUUGUUGAUGGGUGCAGAGUUGGCAGAUGGAAGGCAUCUCGAGAUAUCUCUGCCAUACUUAAAGCCAGUUUUUGCCCAGCAACCUGGUGACCAGCAAGGAUUCCUGCAUCGCCUCCAUGAGCAAAAAGUGUGCCUGGAGAGAGUCUUGUGUUUUGAACUGUGUGUUAUCGGAAUCACCCAGGUCCUCAAUAUGGACUUUGAGAAAGAUGUCAUAGCUCGUUAUUCAUUUACAGAGUGGAAGAGCAGCUCAGAAACUAAAGCCUAUUGGGUGUCCACCAAGGCCUGGGAAGGAGGAGAGGGUCAACUUACUUGUGAUACCUUUCGUUUCCACCUGCCUGUUCCUCCAUUCCUGCAUCCGGGAGCAGUGUUACAGUUUGCCAUUCAAUACAAAGUCUGUGGGACUGAAUAUUGGGACAACAAUAAUGGAGAGAAUUAUAAGUUAGUGUGCCAUAACUACAAGCUUGUUGUGCCCAAAGAAUGUGAAGAUAGCAUGGUGCACUUCAUUUAGGGUGGUGACUAAAGGUACAACUUUAAUUUAGAGCACUUUAUGACUACUUUUCUCAGAUAAACCUAUUGUAUAUGAAUAACCGCUUUUGACAUAUAAUGUUAAUUCUGGAGACUGCAGGUGAUAUCUUUGAAUCGAAUGAGAUUCAAUAAAAACUGACAACUCUGGACAAACCAAGUCAGGUUGCACACUCAAUGCACCUGAAACUAACUUGAGUGCCACUGUUUUACUUUUGGGCUUCCUUUUUAAAAAUUGCACUCUAUUAUUUUAUCUUUGGGCUGAUUUUUAGCCAAUAGAAGAAGUGAAACCCACUGAGCAAUAUGAAAUGAAUGCAUGUCAGUCCACCAUUAUCUAGCUGGGUGUCUGACUUGGAAUAUCAGUUUAUACAUUGCAGGAAUUUUGUCUGCAAAACAAAUUGCUCUGUAUUCAGAGUUUAUUUUUGUCAAACCAAAUGCCAUAACCAUGCAAUAGAUGAAUCAGAAAUGAACGCAUAUUUUGUUUAACAAUAAAGCACAAUUCCACAUAA